AUGGCGAGGCGCUUCGUGCUCAACACCGGCGCCGAGAUCCCCUCGGUGGGGUACGGCACCUGGCAGUCCAAGCCGGACGUGGUCGGGGACUCCGUCUACACCGCCGUCAAGGCAGGGUACCGACACAUCGAUUGCGCCAGGGCUUACCGCAACGAAAAGGAGAUUGGUUUGGCGCUGCAGAAGCUAUUCGAAGAGGGUGUGGUGAAGCGUGAAGAAUUGUUUAUCACCUCUAAGCUAUGGCAUGAUCAUCAUGCUCCAGAAGAUGUGCCGGAGUCACUCGACAAAAGCCUGAACGACUUGCAGCUCGAGUACUUGGAUCUUUACCUUAUACAUUGGCCAUUUAGACUCAAGAAGGGGACCGACUGGAGUAGCCCUGAUAACUUUCUUCCACCUGACAUCCCAGCUACUUGGGGAGCAAUGGAAAAAUUAUAUGAUAGUGGCAAAGUUCGCGCAAUCGGUGUGAGUAACUUCUCAACAAAGAAAUUAGGUGACCUGCUUGGCGUAGCCCGUGUACGUCCAGCUGUUAAUCAGGUGGAAUGUCAUCCGGGUUGGCAGCAAACUAAGCUCCAUAGCUUUUGUCAGUCAACUGGUAUUCAUCUCUCUGCGUACUCGCCACUAGGUUCACCUGGCACGGCUUGGAUGAAGAGUAACGUCCUGAAUGAACCAGUCGUCACCUCGAUAGCAGAAAAACUUGGGAAAUCUCCUGCACAGGUGGCACUAGGCUGGAACAUUCAGAUGGGUCACAGUGUACUACCAAAGAGCCUGAACGAGGGAAGGAUAAAGCAAAAUCUUGAUGUUUAUGAUUGGUCUAUUCCAGAUGACUUGCUUGCAAAGUUCUCCGAGAUUAAACAGGUUCGGUUGGUCAGAGGCGACUUCACAGUUAAUCCAAAGAGCGUUUACAAGACCCUUGAGGAGCUCUGGGAUGGGGAAAUUUAG